UUGAUGCGUGGCGAUAAGGCGCUGCCAAGAUCUGGCAUUAAAAAUAUAAUUUGUGUUAAAUUAUCCAAUGCGGCCAAACUCCGCCGCCAUGGCGCCUUAAGAGACUCGGACGAGGCCGCGGUUUUAAUGCUCGGGGGGCGUUGGACCGGAGUCCGUCUACUUUUCGCCGCCGUGCGCCCGAAACACACGAACGACUGAGUGGUCGCCGCUACAAUGAGCUCGGAGCACCAGGGCGCCAGCGAGGACGCGGACGACGAGUCCCGGGACAGGCCCGACGACGACGGCGGCGGCGGCGGCGACAAAGAGGACGACCGCGACAUCGACGAGUCGGACGGCGAGGAUGACGUCGACCGCGGGGUUCGACCCUCGGUGUCCGCGGGCGCCGCCGGGGUGCGUGCGUCCCCGGCGGCGCCCGAGGUGCCGGAGCCCGGCUGCCGGCCGAGCGCCGCGCCGCAGCCCGGGGGCGUCACGGGCGACAGCGUGUUCUCCUGGCUGCAGAGCAGGACCAUCCGACGCGGCGUGUUCGUGGACCCGGCCCGGGACAACUUCAGGACAAUGACCAGCUUGUACUGCUCCAUGAAUCCGGCGGCGGAGUCGGUGAACCUGAGCACGCAGACCCACGGAGCCGUGUUCAACCUGGAGUACUCCCCGGACGGGUCUGUGCUGACCGUGGCCUGCGAGCAGACUGAGGUCCUGCUGUUUGAUCCCAUCUCGUCCAAACACAUCAAAACGCUGACGGAGGCCCACGAGGACUGUGUCAACAACAUUAGGUUUCUGGACAACCGUCUGUUUGCCACCUGCUCCGACGACACCACCAUUGCAUUGUGGGAUCUCCGCAAGCUGAACUCCAAGGUGUGCUCGUUGCACGGCCACGCCAGCUGGGUGAAAAACAUCGAGUACGACACCAACACGCGCCUGCUCGUCACGUCGGGCUUCGACGGCAACGUCAUCACGUGGGACACCAACAGGUUUACAGAAGACGGCUGCCCGCACAAAAAGUUCUUCCACACGCGCUACCUGAUGAGGAUGCGUCUGACGCCCGACUGCUCCAAGAUGCUCAUCUCCACGUCGUCGGGCUACCUGCUCAUCCUCCACGACCUGGACCUCACCCAGUCCCUCGAGGUGGGCAGCUACCGCAUGCUGCGAGCGCGGCGGACUCCCCUCACGUCAGAUGGAGGCACAUCAGCGUCCAGGUCAGCCGGGACCCCUCGGCAGGGAAAUGACUCCAGCAAGAUCCACCCUCACAGAGAAGGCAUUUCUCCCCGGAACAGUCUGGAGGUUCUGACUCCAGAGAUCCCCGGAGAGAGGGACCGAGGGAACUGCAUCACCUCCCUGCAGCUCCACCCCAAGGGCUGGGCCACGCUCAUCCGCUGCUCCAGCAACAUGGACGACCAGGAGUGGACGUGUGUGUACGAGUUCCAGGAGGGGGCGCCCACCCGGCCGCUCGUCUCCCCGCGCUGCUCGCUGCGCCUCACCCACUACAUCGAGGAGGCCAACGUGGGCCGUGGCUACAUCAAGGAGCUGUGCUUCAGCCCCGACGGGCGGCUCAUCUGCUCGCCGUACGGCUACGGCGUCCGCCUGCUGGCCUUCGACGAGCGCUGCGGCGAGCUGGCCGACUGCAUUCCCGUCCAGACCAGCUGCCUCAGGGAGAUCCGCUCCAUCUACUCGCACAGCGACGUGGUGCUCACCACCAAGUUCUCCCCGACGCACUGCCAGCUGGCCUCGGGCUGCCUCAGCGGACGCGUGGCCCUUUACCAGCCCAAGUUCUAGCGUCCGGAGCUGUCGAAGGGGGCACGGUGCACCGCAGACCUGGGUGGAGCUAAUACUCUUUCAGGGUUCCUGGUUUGAUUCCAACUUUGAUAGUUGCACAAAAACAUAAGAUUAUUGCACUGCCCCUGAUAUUCUAUGAUUUUUAGACCCUUGUCGUGUAACAUUUGGUAGAAAUGAAUCAAAGCCCUCAGGAAGGAAAUCAAAUUGACGGGAGCGUGAAAUUUAAAAUUCCAAGCAUUUGUUUUAAAGUGCUCAGCUGACCAGAUGGGUGGGAACUAUACAACGCACGCACAUGUUUCCAAACGGUGCGACACGCAGGUAUAAAUAUGAGUAUAUUCUUGGAGGCUCAAUUUGACUUUAAAAUACUUAUUUAGAAUUAUGUGAUUUUCCUGAAAAACCCACUCAGCCAGACAAAAAAAAAACUCCACCCAUCUGGCACCAAAUGUGGAUAAAAUAAACCUGAAAUAACUAUUUCCACACCCAGGUCUGCAGCUGUGACGCAGACGCAAAGAAGGAGAAGACUUUUGGAUGGAAACAUUCAGCCUGUCUGACGCUAAAAAACAAAAGAAAAGGGCAAACUUGACUUCCGUCCAGACUGAGAGGAGAGGGGUUCGCAGCCCAAAACCUUGACACCCUUGAUCAUUUGAAUCAAGAGAUGCAACACGGCGUCAGCGAAAAACAAACUCUGAAGGUCGUCUGGGACUUUUUUUUUCGUACUAAAGAUGAACUUCAGUUCUCUGCAGCAGUAGAAAACGUUGACCCUUUUUUGGAGACCCGGCUCGUCCAGACGUCGCCGCGUCAGGGACAAAAAAAACAACACUAAGGAUGCAAACGGACGCGAACCCAUUGAGUUUUCACGACACAAACGGGGAAACAGGCGCCUCGUGUCCGUCGCUCUCAGCUGCUCCGCUCUGCUCAUGCCUUUUUUCUUCUACUGGUGCUGCUUCUCUGCUCAAACAAUCUAGACUUACAGGACUCAUCAUCAUCAUCAUCAUCAUCAACGCCUUUCUCCUGGCUCCUCCACCUCGUACCCACCUGUACUUUUCUUCUUCUUCUUCUUCUCCAUCCCUCGUUUUCACCUUGGUGGUCCUGAAAGUUUGUUUUUUUUAGUGGUUAUGUUGGUGCGUUAGCGUCGGCACAACUCGUCGUCGCACGGUGUUUUGAUUUAAUUUGGGUCAGUUUUUAUCUUGAGAAGAAACUUCAUGUUUCUGGGCAAUUCAAAGGUCCAGCUGCUGCCACAAUCUUAUUUUCCCACUUUUCUUUACAAACCAGUAUUGCAGCGUAUACCCCCCCCCCCCCCCCCCAUAAUCAGACGUUGGCGUUAUUCUAUCUUCUUGAUUUACAGAAAUUUACAGUGUGUGUGUGUGUGUGCGUGCGUGCGUGCGUGCGCGUUUAAGUCAUAAUCUAAAUAAACUACAGUUCUACAUGUUCGUAGUAAUGAAGGAAAAUGUUCAAGUGUUCUUAACAGUUUUUUUUUGUCUUUACAACAAUGGAGAAUCGUGGCAUCAGCAUUUGUUUGUUCUUUUCAAAGUUCUGGUUAGUAAUGACAAAAAAAAUAUAGAAACAUGUCUGGCAGAAGAGUUUCAUUGGUGGUCUAAUAUUUCAUAUUUUACGGGAUCGUUACCAACAGACAUUUGACUUGUUGUUCUGACCUCGUGCUUCAUUUCGUCGACUCACCUCAGUGUUUGGUUCUGUUUCUCUCGUUCUCAUGAAGCAUUUGUUAUUUUUUAAGAAGCCAACUGACUUUUUUGGUACUGUUUAACCACUGUCGAUGCUUUUGUGUUUGCAACCGGUGUGUAGUAUAUCUGCUGUAAGAGCCGAGCACACACACACACACACACGUUUGGGGCUGUUGAUGUAAAACUGGCGGUGCAGAUAGAUACUAAUGUGCUGUCGUGUGAACAAUAGAUAGACAUAAAAGCGUUCUACUACUAUGCAUUAUCAGCCUUUAUGAAGAUUAUCCUUUUUUUCUUCUUAUUUAUGCGAGUGCGCGACGCUCUUCGUUAAGAGCGGUCAGAUGCCAAAAUAUAUACAUUUUUGCGUGGAUACGUGGUGAAGUGUGAGCUGACAACUGAAUUUUACGCGUCUGCUCAUGUGAAUUUAAAAAAAAUCUAUUCUUUACACGUUGCAAAAGCUCAAAAUUGGAAUUGUUUGAUAUUCUUAGAAAUUGCCUUAUUCGCUUUCCUAUAAAUCUGUUUUCAGAUAUGAACUGAAGUCGGGACAUUUUCCUGAAACUUUCCAUAGGUGGGAAAAAUUGGGUCUGAACAUUUUCCAGAGUUUGUCUUUCAAAUAUGAGGAACCUGGGGAGAUUUAGGAGAGAACAUUGAUUCCACUCUGACGUGGCCUGAACGCAGCUUUGUUGACAUCAAUGUUCUCAACGAAAACUCACCGCCAGGCGGCGUUAAGUGUAUUUCCCCCCCCCCAAAUAUUUGAAGGAUAAUUAAGAGAUGAAUCUGAGAUUUGAGGAGGAGUGUCAACACUUCUUAAUAACUUCAUAAUUCCCAAUCACAACCUGGUCCAGCCUAUAAGAGGAAAGAUGAUUUUCUUAACACGUUGUUACCUCAGUUCACUGCUCACGACGUGCGUUGUUCAUUUCACUUUCAGUUCAGUCAAUUAUCAUCUUUUUCCCGGGAACUCUUCUCUCCCUCGUUUAGGAUAAACUCGUUGCUCAAGACUUCACGAGUGGAACUGCUAAAUUUUACAGUCACAAUAAGUUUUUAUUUAAUUGACUGAGCUGAAGGUUCAAACGAUUCACUGCUGCUUUUAUUUCACUUAUUCUCGUGAGCUCCUCAGAGAGAAGUGUCUUAUCUGCCAUCUUCAAAAAAGAAAAAUUGGAUUUAUUUUUAUGAAUUGGACCUGUUCUUUUGUUUUGUUGACUGCUGUCCUGUUCUGGGGUUUUUAACCUGUAUCCUGUUGUGGGUUUACUGAAUGUUCUCUGUAGUUCUGUUGUCGCCUGUCGCCCCUCACACCUGGGGAGCGGUGGGACGGGUCGAGUUGUUUCCUACCUGGCUAAUACACGGCGAGUAAAAAAAUCCCGACAACGAUACUUACAUGGUACUUAUUAUCACUGAAAUAAAAGGUUAGCUUCUUUUGCA